GUGCAGCCGCGCCAAGUGCAGGAUGGCGGCGGCAGCAGCCGCGCCGGGUGUCAGGCUCCGGGACUGCUGCAGCCGGGGCGCCGUGCUCCUGCUCUUCUUCUCCCUGUCUCCUCGGCCUCCAGCCGCCGCCGCCUGGCUGCUGGGCCUGCGGCCUGAGGACACUGCUGGAGGCCGCGUGUCUCUGGAAGGGGGCACUCUGCGCGCGGCCGAAGGCACCAGCUUCCUCCUGCGCGUCUAUUUCCAGCCCGGGCCCUCAGCGCCCUCAGCGCCAGUGCCCUCACCCACCCUCUCUCCGGGGGAGAACGGCACCGGCGACUGGGCUCCGAGGCUCGUGUUUAUCGAGGAGCCUCCAGGCGGGAACGGCGUGGCGCCCAGCUCAGUGCCUACGCGGCCCCCGGGACCGCAGCGCUGCCGGGAGCAGAGCGACUGGGCGUCGGAUGUGGAAGUCCUCGGGCCCCUGCGCCCCGGGGGCGUGGCGGGCUCUGCCCUGGUCCAGGUGCGGGUGCGGGAGUUGCGCAAAGGCGAGGCAGAGCGGGUCGGCGCGGGCGGUGGCGGGAAGCUCUUCUCGCUGUGCGCCUGGGAUGGGCGCGCUUGGCACCACCACGGCGCCGCCGGCGGCUUCCUGCUGCGCGUCCGCCCGCGGCUCUAUGGCCCGGGUGGGGACCUGCUGCCCCCCGCGUGGCUGCGGGCGCUCGGGGCGCUCCUGCUGCUGGCCCUGUCUGCCCUGUUCAGCGGCCUGCGCCUCAGCCUGCUCUCGCUGGACCCGGUGGAGUUACGGGUGCUGCGGAACAGCGGCUCGGCCGCCGAGCAGGAGCAGGCGCGCCGCGUGCAGGCCGUGCGCGGCAGGGGCACCCAUCUGCUCUGCACCCUGCUCCUGGGCCAAGCCGGAGCCAACGCCGCCCUAGCCGGCUGGCUGUACGCCUCGCUGCCUCCGGGCGUCGGGGGCCCAGGCGAAGACUACGUCGAGGCGGGGAUUCACUUCCCGUGGCUGCCUGCGCUCGUGUGCACCGGCGCCGUGUUCCUGGGGGCUGAGAUUUGCCCCUACUCCGUCUGUUCGCGCCACGGGCUGGCCAUUGCGUCUCACAGCGUGUGCUUGACCCGGCUCCUCAUGGCGGCCGCCUUCCCCGUGUGCUACCCUCUGGGUCGCCUGCUGGACUGGGCACUGCGCCAGGAGAUCAGCACCUUCUACACGCGGGAGAAGCUGCUGGAGACACUGCGGGCGGCAGACCCCUACAGCGACCUUGUGAAGGAGGAGCUUAACAUCAUCCAGGGCGCGCUGGAGCUGCGCACCAAGGUGGUGGAGGAGGUUCUGACCCCGCUCGGGGACUGCUUCAUGUUGCGCUCCGACGCCGUGCUGGACUUCGCCACUGUCUCCGAGAUCCUGCGCAGUGGCUACACUCGCAUCCCGGUGUACGAAGGCGACCAGCGGCACAACAUUGUGGACAUUCUGUUUGUCAAGGACUUGGCCUUUGUGGACCCCGACGACUGCACCCCACUUCUCACUGUCACCCGCUUCUACAACCGGCCCCUGCACUGUGUCUUCAAUGAUACACGCCUGGACACGGUGUUGGAGGAAUUUAAGAAAGGAAAAUCUCACUUGGCUAUUGUCCAGCGGGUGAAUAAUGAGGGAGAAGGGGACCCCUUCUACGAGGUGAUGGGCAUUGUCACACUGGAGGACAUCAUUGAGGAGAUCAUCAAGUCAGAGAUCCUGGACGAAACGGACCUCUACACUGACAAUCGGAAGAAGCAGCGGGUCCCCCACCGGGAGAGGAAGCGGCAUGACUUCUCCUUAUUCAAGCUUUCCGACUCAGAGAUCAGGGUGAAGAUCUCGCCCCAGCUUCUUUUGGCCACACACCGCUUCAUGGCCACAGAAGUAGAGCCCUUCAAGUCUCUGUACCUUUCGGAGAAGAUCCUGCUCCGGCUCCUAAAGCAUCCCAAUGUGAUCCAAGAACUGAAGUUUGAUGAAAAGAACAAGAAGGCCCCAGAACACUACCUCUACCAGCGCAACCGCCCUGUGGACUACUUUGUGUUGCUUCUUCAGGGUAAAGUAGAGGUGGAGGUUGGAAAGGAAGGCCUUCGCUUCGAGAAUGGAGCCUUCACCUACUAUGGGGUCCCAGCCAUCAUGACCACUGCCUGCUCAGAUAAUGAUGUGCGGAAGGUUGGGAGCCUGGCUGGAUCCUCGGUUUUUCUGCCUGUGUCUGUGUCACGUACCUUCGCCUUCAGCAGAGGGGACUCUCUGGCAGGCUCACCAGUAAACCGGUCCCCUUCUCGCUGCAGCGGCUUGAAUCGCUCUGAGUCUCCGAACCGCGAACGCAGCGACUUCGGGGGGAGCAGCACCCAGCUCUGCGGCAGCAACAACAACCUGUACACGCCCGACUACUCAGUCCACAUCCUCAGCGACGUGCAGUUUGUAAAGAUCACCCGGCAGCAGUACCAGAACGCACUGACUGCCUGCCACAUGGACAGCUCCCCCCAGUCCCCUGACAUGGAAGCCCUCACGGAUGGGGAUUCCACCAAGGCCCCCACGACCCGGGGCACUCCGCAGACACCCAAGGACGACCCUGCUGCCGUCUCAUUCCUGAACCACAGGAGCAGCCUACCAUGCAGCCGCUCAGAUGGGCUCAGAAGCCCGGGCGAGGUGGUAUACGUGAGGAUGGAGGAGCUCGCCUUCACUCAAGGAGACCCAACCGACUUCGAGGAGCAGAGCACACAGCAGCUGUCACUGUCUCCGGCCGCUGGUCCCACACAAACAGCGUCAGAUAAGGAAUGUUUCAACAUCAACGUGGAUUCAGAGACCAGCCCUUGCCGUAGCGACUUUGAGGAAACUAUGGGCAAGAAGCUGCUGAGAACCCUGAGUGGCCGGAAAAGGAAGCGGUCGCCAGAUGGAGAGCGAGCCUGUGAGGACAGCUCCAACCUCACGCCUCUGAUCACCUGAGCAGAGAGGGCAGCAGUGGCUGGGCGUGGAGGAUUCCAGAGCUUUGGGGAGAUCCCGUCCCCACCCCCUGCUCCCCACUCCCGGGGCCUCCCCCAGGUGACAAGGCCUUCUGCCUUCCUAGCCACUGUUCUGCCCCCAGCUGUCCAUUUGGCAGAUCUCCCCUCUCUGCCUCCAACUUGACUGCGAGCCUUGCCGCGG